AUGCCGCAGAAAGUCUCGGCCAAGUCAUUCUCCUUCGUCAACUAUGAUGGACCAAACCUCGCCACUGAUGCGCAGGUUCGGCGGCGCAUCCGGCAGCAGGCAAUGAAAGACACCGCCAUAGCCCGGAGACAGAGGGGGGACUAUGGCAAGCACAACAUGAGGCAGUAUCCCAUGUUUGUGGGACCCAAGCAGUUGCUGGACGAUCCCGAGGCUCUUGACGAUGACUCAAGUCUAGAUCAAUUGCAACGAUUUUACCAACCUCCGUCUCUUUCCAUGCCUUUUGCCUUCCAAGACCCAAUGAUGCCCAAGCAAUUCUCGGUUCUUCUGAAUCUCAUGCCACUAACCGGCCUCCGCCUCGGUGUCGGUACCCUUUCUCACUACUUAUACGAACCAACACAGCCUAAAGAUCGUAUCAUCGCAGCGCAAGUCUCAAGUCAGAGGCUUUUGUCAUUUAUACCCAGUCGAUAUGGGCACGUAUCACUGCUCCGCCAUGCAACCGAUUGUGUCAUUGCAAAACUUCAGUAUCUAUCCCAGCGAGAGGAGGAUAGAUCGCCCAAGGGCGAUUUGAAGGCGCUGAUGCACUAUCAAAAAGCACUUAAAGCGCUGCAACAUGCCUUGCUCGAUGAGCGCGAAUGGGCGAAACCAGAAACGCUAUGUGCCACACAGUUAUUGAGCAUAUUCGAGGCUCUCAAUGGAGAUGACAGGGAAGAUUCUUGGAUGCACCAUGUUGGCGGUGCAGCUCGGCUAGUAGAGGCUCGAGGCGCCCAUAUGUUCAAUACAGAAUUCGAGAAGGCUUUAUUCCUAGCGCAUAUCGGGCCAACGGUUAUGUCAGCAUUCUUGAAUAAUACACCUUGCUUUCUGGAAGAAUCCCGGUGGCAAGCCGUCAUUCGAGAGGCUGUUAGUGAAGACGCGACCCUUACCAACGACAAGGAAUUUGCCCUCGCUUUAUGGGGAGGCCUCAUUGAAAUGCCAAGAUUGUUCAAAAGAACAACAGAGCUGUUGCUUUCACCAUGUCCGCCUUCACAGAAAGACAUUGACGAUAUCACAGAGCGCCUCUUAGCAAAGCGUAAAAAUCUCGUGAUAUGGCUAAGUCUGAUAAAGAAGCGCCCCAUAGUCCAAACCAACGGCGGCUUUCGCGAAGAUGAAUAUGGAGUUCUUGUCUUUCCUAGCGAUUUUGACUAUAGGAAGUUAGGCCCCUGGUGUCUAACGCGUCUAGCUUUACGAGGAACAUACGCAGUCUGUCGAAUGAUCAAGUCGAGACUUUUGUAUGCCAUUGCUCCAGCAAAGUUCCACGACUUGGAAAUUGAGGCACAAGACAUUGCACAUCGCAUUCUCAACCUAAAGGAAGAGAUGGCUCCAUACAAAGAUUCAGCUUUGAUAUGGAAUCAGUUCAUGGCGCAGGGCAGCUGGAUUGCCAAGGGCAUAGCUGAAACAAAGGACGCAUGGGGCGAGGAGGGCGAAGGACACGACGGUAUGCUUAGCAAGUCCAAGUUUAAGAAGUGGAACGAAGUGAUAGGGAGGAAAAUAUCCUGA